AGCAUGAAAUGGAGACAUGGGAAGAUGACCGAGUUGAUCAGCGAACCUGCCUUAUCUGUGGAGAUCGCGCAACAGGGUUGCACUACGGCAUCAUCUCCUGUGAGGGCUGCAAAGGCUUCUUCAAGCGGAGCAUUUGUAACAAGAGGGUGUACAGAUGCAGCAGAGACAAGAACUGUGUCAUGUCCCGCAAGCAGCGCAACAGGUGCCAGUACUGCCGGCUGCUCAAGUGCCUCCAGAUGGGGAUGAACCGGAAAGCAAUCCGAGAAGACGGCAUGCCAGGAGGCAGGAACAAGAGCAUUGGGCCUGUCCAGAUAUCCGAGGAAGAGAUUGAGCGCAUCAUGUCUGGGCAAGAAUUCGAAGGGGAAGCCAAUAUCUCUUGGAGCAACAACGGGGACAGUGACAACAGCUCUCCUGGCAACGGGGUGUCUGAGAGCAACCAGCCCUCCCCUGUCUCAACUCCAUCUUCAAGGUCUGUGGAGCUGAAUGGGUUCACUGCACUCAGGGAUCAGUAUAUUGGGACGCCAGUGUCUGCACACUAUCAGUACCUUCCGCACCUUCUGAGCUGCCCAGCUCACACUGCUCUGCUGCCCCCUCAGCCCCGCAGCCUUGACCCUCAGUCUCACGGCCUCCUCAUCAGCCAGCUGGUGUCAGCAGAGGACCUGGAGCCCUUGAGCACCCCAAUGCUGAUUGAAGAUGGGUACAAGGUGACUCAGGCUGAGCUCUUUGCGCUGCUCUGUCGGCUGGCAGAUGAGCUGCUGUUUCGGCAGAUAGCCUGGAUCAAGAAGCUGCCCUUCUUCUGUGAACUUUCCAUCAAGGACUACACUUGCCUCUUGAGCUCCACAUGGCAGGAGCUGAUCCUGCUCUCCUCCCUUACGGUUUACAGCAAGCAGAUAUUUGGGGACCUGGCAGAUGUGACUUCCAAGUACUCUCCCUCGGAUGACGAGCUGCACAGAUUCAGCGAAGAGGGGAUGGAGGUGAUGGAGCGGCUUAUCUACCUGUAUCGCAAGUUCAACCAGCUGAAAGUCAGCAAUGAGGAAUAUGCAUGUAUGAAGGCCAUUAACUUCCUCAAUCAAGAUAUCAGAGGCCUGACAAACACAUCCCAGCUGGAACAGCUGAACAAAAGAUAUUGGUACGUCUGCCAGGAUUUUAUGGAGUUCAAGUACCCGCAUCAGCCGAACCGCUUCCCAGACCUGAUGAUGUGUCUGCCAGAGAUACGCUACAUUGCAGGGAAAAUGGUGAAUGUCCCUCUGGAGCAGCUGCCCCUCCUGUUUAAGGCUGUUCUUCAUUCCUGCAAGGCCAGCAUGAGCAAAGAGUGAGCUCUCGU